AUGCUGAGCAUAGAAAAUCAUGAAAAUGGUAUGCGCCAUAAAGCCAAUGUACAGAAAAGGCUUUCAGAUUUAAGGAAGAAGGCUAAAGAUGAAGACAAAGCAAAGCAAAAGCUUGACCAAAGUCUUCAAACAAUAAAUGAUGUAAGUCGAUCUACAAUAAUUUGCUUUAAGCUAGCAUUCAUGGGAAUGCUAAAGGAUAUUGCGCAGGACCCGAGUGUCGCCAAGCGUUACGGGAUAAAUGUUACAGCUGAUUUACAGAAGCAAAUAUCAGAAAGACUCACUGAUGAAAGAAAAUUGGAAUCGGCAUCAAGUGUGAAUGAGAAGAAGAAAAAGCAGGCUAAGCCCUCCAAAAGCAAACCCAAAGUUGCUCCUCCAACUCAACCACUACCUAAACUUGAAUGGCAGGAAGUGAAAACUGAAGACGGUGAAGUAUAUUACUGGAAUAUGGUCAAAAAUGUAACCCAAUGGCACAAACCUGACGCACCGGUGAAGUCAGAUUGCAGCAGAAUAUCAGAAAAAUCUCGUCUGGAUCAAUUUGUAUUUAACAAGCUCGUGGAACUUAGUGAAUCUGGAAGUACAGCUGCCAGCGAAGCAGUCCAUAAAGCAUUUAAUGCUCCUAUCCCAGAGGAUAGUGAUUCUACCGAUCCUGUAGUUUUGAAUAAUCAGCACGUUGAGGUUGAAGAGUCAUCUGGCCCGCAUUUGUGCUUCAUGGAAGAUUUUGAGCAACCCUUCAAAAAGAUUAGCAAAAUUGGACUACUUGGCGAAUGGAAGUCAGUCAUACCAGAACCCCCUGCCUCCUUACCAAAGCUUGACUUGCCCUGGCAGCGUGAAGCUGCUCGUCAUGCCAAACUUCGUGUUAAGCGAGCAAAAGAAUUGGGAAUUCCUGUUUGCCAGCUUCCUCCUUCCCCACCGCCUGAGGAAUCUUCCCCUCGACCUUCAGAACACCAUGCUGCGACUGUUAUUGGCCGUCUACAAGCGCUUAGCGAGGCUUCGAUUUACGGUUAUCUGUUGUCCAAUGAGGCUUCGCAUUUUCCAGAAGUAGACUUAUUCACUGGUGAAAAAACUGUUCCCCCUGGAUCUUUGGCUGGAUCCAAGUGGUUGAAGGAACAUAGAAUUCAAGAUGCUAAGGCAGAAGUUCCAGUUCAAACAAACCGGGAGAUCAAACUCGAUGAGGAUGCCACAGAGCAAAAGCCGAUUCCAUUGCCCUUAGCAUCGAUUCCAAAAUGCGUAUUUCGCAAGCGUCAUAUUACCUCUGCAUCCAGGAACCCACGGACCACAAAGAUUGACUAG